CGCCGCCCGGGGGCCGAGAGCCGAGGGCCGAGGUUCGAGCCGCGUGCGCCGGGCGCUGUGCGGCGUAGCCUCGGCCGGCGGCAUGCGGGGAGACCGGGCGGCUGUGCGGCCGGCGCUGCCGCUGCUGCUGUGGCUGCCGCUGCUGUGGCCGCGCGCGGGGGCGCUGCGCCCGGGCGAGCUCUUCCCGCACGGCCCGGCGCGGGGGGACCGGCUGCUGCGGGACGGCGACGACGAGAGCUCGGGCGCGGUGGAGCUGGCGCGGCCCCUGCGCUUCUACGGGGCCCGGGUCCGCCGCCUCUACGUGGGCACCAACGGCAUCAUCUCCACCCAGGACUUCCCCAGGGAGACCCAGUACGUGGACGACGGUUUCCCCACAGACUUCCCGGCCAUCGCGCCCUUCCUGGCGGACGUGGACACGAGCCAGGGCCGGGGCCGCGUGCUGUUCCGCGAGGACACGUCCCCCGAGGUGCUGGCCCUGGCCGCGCGCUACGUGCGCACUGGCUUCCCGCGCGCCGCGCACUUCGCGCCCACCCACGCCUUCCUGGCCACGUGGGCGCAGGUGGGCGCCUAUGAGGAGGCCGCGCGCGGGGCACCGCCCUCGGGCGAGCGGAACACUUUCCAGGCGGUUCUGGCCUCUGAUGAGUCCGACACCUACGCCCUCUUUCUUUAUCCUGCCGGCGGCCUUCAGUUCUUUGGAACUCGCCCCAAAGAGUCUUACAACGUCCAGCUCGAGCUCCCAGCCCGGGUGGGCUUCUGCCGUGGGGAGGCCACCGGCCUGAAGGGAGAGGCGCCGUACUUCAGCCUGACCAGCACCGAGCAGUCCGUGAAGAAUCUCUACCAACACAGCAACCUGGGGGUCCCUGGCGUGUGGGCCUUCCACAUUGGCAGCACCUCCCCGCUGGACAACGUCAGGCCGGCAGCGGCUGCGGGAGGCCUCUCCGCAGCCCAGACUCCAGCACCCCCAGGACAGCCCUUCAGCCACGUUGCAGCCCUGGAGGGCGAUGACGCAGAGGACGACCUGGAUUAUUACGAUGGAAACGAGGAGGAAGUCGAAUACCCGCCGGGCGACCCAGAAGAGGCAGCGAAAGGCCACAGCAGUGUGGGCGUUCCCCUCCACGUGGAAGCCGACCCAGGGCCUUUAGGAGGUGGGGGGUCUCCCCUGGAUUCCGAGCUGGCCUCCCCCUUGCCACAUCCCACACCCAGCGGUGGGCCCUUCUACCCUGCCACAGAGUCUGCCACCCUGGACCCCCAAACCGAAGAGAGGAGACCUGUGGGGGAGACAGAUGCCUCAGAUGCAAAAGGCCCCACGGAGUCCUCUGAACAGCUGGAGACGGGAGGCCUGGCUCCACCAGGGACGGAAGGACACCCGCCCGCUCCUCCCCGGGAAGGCCCCGCUCCCCAUCCUGAGACCAGAAGCCUCCAGCCCCAACCAGCUGCAGGGACCCCACCUUCAGGACUGGAUGUCCCCCCACAUCGGCCCGUGCUGGACCACCACCCGCCCCUGGGCCACGGGAGGCAAGUGGUGGGGGUGGAAGAUGACAUCGGCUCCAACACCGAGGUCUUCACCUACAACGCCGCCGGCAAGGAGACCUGCGAGCACAACCACGGGCGGUGCUCCCGGCACGCCUUCUGCACCGACUACGCCACCGGCUUCUGCUGCCACUGCCAGUCCCGGUUCUACGGAAAUGGGCAGCAGUGUCUGCCGGAAGGGGCCCCUCAUCGCGUCAAUGGGAAAGUGAGCGGCCACCUCCGCGUGGGCCCCACGCCCGUGCACUUCACAGACGUGGACCUGCACGCUUACAUCGUGAGCAACGACGGCAGAGCCUACAUGGCCAUCAGCCACAUCCCGCAGCCCGCGGCCCACGCCCUCCUCCCUCUCACGCCCAUCGGAGGGCUGUUUGGCUGGCUGUUUGCUUUGGAAAAGCCAGGCUGGACCAAUGGCUUCAGCCUCACAGGCGCUGCCUUCACCCACGACAUGGAAGUGACGUUCCACCCGGGCGGGGAGCGGCUCCUCGUUACUCAGACGGCGGAGGGGCUGGACCCCGAGAACUACCUGAGCAUCAGGACCCACAUCCGAGGCCAGGCGCCCUCCAUCCCCGCGAACCUCACAGUGCACGUCGCGCCCUACAAGGAGCUUUACCACUACGCGGACUCAGCCGUGACCUCUGCGAGCUCCAGGGACUACGCCCUCGCGGCCGGGGCCGUGAACCAGACGCGGUCCUACCGCGUCCUGCAGAACAUCACCUUCCAGGCCUGCAGGCACGCGCCCCGGCCCCGCGCGGCGCCUGCGGUGCAGCAGCUGAGCGUGGACCGCGUCUUCGCCUGGUACGCCGAGGACGAGGGCGUGCUCCGCUUUGCCCUGACCAGCCUCAUCGGCCCUGCUGGAGGGGACUCGGAGCCCACCCCCGUGAAUCCUUGCUAUGACGGGAGCCACGCAUGUGCCAUGACAGCCCGGUGCCGCCCGGGGGCAGGUGUGGACUACAGCUGCGAGUGUGCACCCGGGUACCAGGGAGACGGACGGAGCUGUGCAGACGUAAAUGAGUGUGCGACUGGCUUCCACCGCUGUGGCCCCAACGCCAUGUGUGUCAACCUGCCCGGGAGCUACCGGUGUGAGUGCCGGCCUGGGUAUGAGUUUGCAGACGACGGGCACACCUGCCGUGUGGUAGCCCCGCCCCCCAGCCCCUGCGAGGAUGGCAGCCACUCCUGCGCCCCCGGCCAGGCUCGGUGCAUCCCCCGUGGGGGCGGCGCCUUCAGCUGCGCCUGCCUGCCCGGCUACAGCGGCGAUGGGCACCAGUGCAGUGAUGUGGACGAGUGCUCUCAGGACCCGUGCCACCCCGCAGCCUCCUGCCACAACACCCCCGGCUCCUUCUCCUGCCGCUGCCGCCCCGGCUACCAUGGGGACGGCCUCCGGUGCGCACCUGACCCCCUCUCAGGACUGAAACCCUGUGAACGCCAGCAGCACGAGGCCCAGGCGCAGCUUGCCCUCCCAGGCGCCCAGCUCCACGUCCCCCAGUGUGAUGAGCACGGCCACUUCGUGCCCCUGCAGUGUGACAGCAGCACUGGCUCCUGCUGGUGCGUGGACCCUGACGGCCAUGAAGUCCCCGGCUCCCGGACUCGCCCGGGCUCUGCCCCACCUCACUGUGGACCCCCAGAGCCCACCCCGAGGCCCCGGACCGUUUGCGAGCGCUGGAGAGAAACCCUGCUGGAGCUGUACGGGGGCGCGCCCGGGGACGACCAGUACGUGCCCCAGUGCGAUGAGUGGGGCCACUUCACCCCCCUGCAGUGCCAUGGCAGGAGUGACUUCUGCUGGUGUGUGGACCGAGAUGGCAGAGAGGUGCCGGGCACCCGCUCCCAGCCAGGCACCACCCCCGCCUGUGUCCCCACAGUCGCUCCCCCCACGGUCCAGCCCACGCCCCGGCCUGACAUGACCCCUCCACCCGUGGGCACCUACCUGCUCUACGCCCAGGGCCAGCAGAUCGGCCACCUGCCCCUCAAUGGCACCAGGCUUCAGAAGGACGCGGCCAGGACCCUGCUGUCGCUGCAUGGCUCCAUCGUCGUGGGGAUCGACUACGACUGCCGGGAGAGGAUGGUGUACUGGACAGACGUUGCCGGACGGACGAUCAGCCGGGCCAGCCUGGAGCCAGGGGCAGAGCCCGAGACCAUCAUCAGCUCAGGUCUGAUGAGCCCCGAAGGACUCGCCAUCGACCACGUGCGCAGAACCAUGUACUGGACGGACAGUGGCCUGGAUAAGAUAGAGAGGGCCAGGCUGGAUGGCUCCGAGCGCAAGGCCCUCUUCCACACGGACCUGGUGAACCCCCGUGCCAUCGCCGUGGACCCCAUCCGAGGCAACUUGUACUGGACAGACUGGAACCGAGAAGCUCCUAAAAUUGAGACGUCGUCUUUGGAGGGCGAAAACAGGAGGAUUCUGGUGAAUAAAGACAUUGGACUGCCCAACGGCCUAACCUUUGACGCAUUCUCCAAAUUGCUCUGCUGGGCAGACGCAGGAACCAAAAGACUGGAGUGCACCCUCCCCGAUGGAGCCGGACGGCGUGUCAUUCAGAGCAGCCUCAACUACCCCUUCAGCCUGGUCAGCUACGCGGGCCACUUCUACCACACAGACUGGAGGAGGGACGGUGUCAUCUCAGUCGACAGAGACAGUGGCCAGUUCACGGACGAGUACCUCCCGGAGCAGCGCUCCCACCUCUAUGGGAUCACAGCAGUCCACCCCUACUGCCCAGCAGGAAGGAAGUAAACACGGCCUCGGAAGGACCUUACUGCAGAGUCACUGCAGAAAGCGGAGGAGGAGCGGCCGUCACAAGUUUCGAGCGUGCGGACGGACCUUUCCAGCGCAAACGACUAAGUGUAUCUUGUGAAAAGUUUAUACCUCAACCUUUACUACUGUAUUUUUACAAAGUUACUGCAAGUUUAAAAAGUGUAGUAGAAUUUUAAUUGUUGCUUAUUAAAGCAACUUUUUAUAAAGAUAUUUAAAAGGUCAAAUUCAUUCAAGUAAGAACCAAUUAAGACUGUUAAGACACUAACUCUGAUGUUUGCUAUGGAUUUUGUCUGGCCAAGAAAUUAAAGCACAUGCGACCAGUACAGAAAUACAGCUCUAAAGAUGCGAACCCUGACAAGGUCAGAGAAGGCUCUGCAGAACUUGCGGGAGAGAACAGACCAUUUAUGGUUUCCCAACACAAAUUCUUUUUUUUUUUUUUACCUCUGCAUCACUGCAUUUCUAUUUAUAUUAAAAGGUGCUAAAAUGUUUCAGUUUGUGUUUUCUGAUCCCUCUCUAGAAUUACCCAAAGAAAAUUACUACAUUUAUAAAUAAAUACCAAAGAUGUAACAGUUCUCCAAUAAGCUGUUUACU